AUUUGACUGUCCACUUUGCUAUGCCAAGUCAAAUUCAUGUUCUUGUUAUUGGUAAUUAUGAAUGCAUCCUGCAAUUGUGUUUCCUGAAAAUUUCUAGGGCGUUUGAUUAUCAGGUCUGAAAAAUCAUUUAGGUUCAUCUACCCUGUAUCACUGUAUGGUUAUUCAUUUUAAAUAUGUUAACAAAUUUUUUUAAUAUAUACCUAUAUAGAUACGUUUGUAUAUGUAUAUGUAAGUGGCUUGAUCUAAAAUUAUGAUUGUUUUGUACAUGCAAAAGGGAUGAUGCCAUCCACAUCAAAAUCAAAUCGUCGAAAACCCAAGAAGGUCAAGUUCAUUCCAAAACCCAAGCAGCGAUGGCAGGUGAAACAACCAAGAAGGAACUGGUUGGAGCUUCCAUCAGAUGUAAUGGCGAAUAUACUUUCCAGAGUUCACGUGGUUGACAUACUUGAGAAUGCCCAGAAAGUGUGCACUACUUGGCGAAAAAUCUGCAACGAUCCUUCUAUGUGGAGGGUUAUUUGUAUGGAUUAUUGGUAUAAAAAUGAAAUGUCGAAGGACCUUGCUAUGUGUAAGCAUGCUGUGGAUAGAAGCCAAGGCCAAUUGAUUGAUAUUACCAUCGGUUCUUUUGGUGAUGAUGAGAUUCUUCAAUAUGUUGCUGAUAGAUCAAGUCAACUUAGACGUCUCAAAAUCGUAUGUUACUAUGGUUAUACUGAUCCAUAUAGAAGCUGGACUGAAACCUUGAAGAAAUUUCCGUUAUUAGAGGAGCUUAGUCUUUACUCGAGAGAAAUAUCAAAAGAAGCUAUUGAAACUGCUGGGCGUUAUUGCCCUAUGCUAAAAACUUUCAAACUAAAUGAAAGAACAUUCUAUGAGGGGCUCGAAGAUACUUGUAAUAAGAUAGCCAUAGCUAUUGGGGAAAACUUACACAAGUUGGAGCACCUUGAACUGAUUGGAAACAGCCUAACAAAUAUUGGGUUGCAGGUCAUUCUGGAUGGUUGUCCUCACCUUAAAUCACUUGAUUUGCGAAAGUGCUGGUCACUUGAUCUCAAGGGAGACCUGGGGAAAAGAUGUUCAGAGAAGAUCAAAUGUCUAAAACUCCCUGGCCAUUCUCUUGAAGGCUCUCCAUAUAUGUAUGGAAAUGAUGAUUUAGAUGAUUCUGAUUUUCACGAUGAUGAUGAUUAUGAUCAUGAAUAUGAUGGAUACCUUGACUAUGAGGAUUACACUGACUAUGAUGAUUUCUCGGCUUUUAACUACGAUGGUAACACAAGGGUUGAGGAGUUGAACGAGAUGCUGACUUUCAUGGACAUGUUUGAAUAAUCUGUUAUGCAGAAAGCUGUUGCUAUUGCCCACAAAAAUGAUCGACUUUACUUUUGGGAUCGCUUCUGAAACAAAGACAAGGUAAUGUAAAUUUGAUGAUCAAGAUUCUAAACAGUUGUGGGUCAUUUCAAUUUUUCUGCUCAAACAUAUCAAAGAUUUUGGUUUUUGUGUAUGGAGCCUUUUGCUAAAUUUGUGGUUGGCCUAAUGAAUAGUUUUUUGGUUCAUUGGUCAAGUGGUCCAAUGUAGGGUUGGACCCACACUAGUGCAUACAGUGACGUGGGCCAUCGCUUUUAUCACCCCGUCGUAUUGUAAAUCCUUUUAUAGCUAUGA